GCAGCUGGAAGUCAUCUCCUUCCUCUCUCGUUUCGCUCUCAUUUCCCACACGAUCUGCAAUCCUAUAAAGACUACCUUUCAGCUUCCAAUUUGAAUUUUACCACAAACACAAAAAAAAAAAAAACAAAAAAAUUUCCAAUUUGAAACCGUAAUGCAGCACCAACUGCAACACCAGACCACGGCAGCGGUUUCAACGCCUCCGUCAACUACAGGGGAGGCGCCGCCAAAGCAGGUGGCGCUGGCAAUGGAAAGGCUGAGCCAUGCCGCUAGGCUCAUCGCCGACAUCCGCCUCGGAGCUGAUCGCCUCCUUGAAGCCUUAUUUGUCGCUGCAGAGCCUCAUAAAAGAUCUAAGCCUCUUGAUUUGUUCAUUAAAGAAGAUUCCUCCAUGCGCCAACACCUCCAAGGCCUUCGCUCCAUUGGAAAGCAGCUAGAGGAAUCGGGGGUGCUAAAUGAAUCCUUAAGGUCAAGAAGUAAUUCUUGGGGCUUGCACAUGCCGCUGGUGUGUCCUGAUGGUGCAGUGGUUGCUUAUGCAUGGAAGCGGCAGCUUGCAGGGCAAGCUGGUGCAUCUGCUGUUGACAGGACCAGGCUUGCACUCAAGGCCUUCACAGAUCAGAAGAGGCGGUUUUUUCCUCACCUUGAUGAUGGACUUACCAAACCAGCAUCAAAGAAGCAUUGUGGUGCCCAAGCACUUGUAGAACAUAACCAAGAUAAACCUAAGAACUACAAAUCACUUUCAGAUGUUCUAACAUGUUUGGAGAAAGAAGUUCCAAAUUUGAAAAUUUUCACUUAUGAGCGACUGGACUGGUUGAAAAGAGCUUCUUCAUUGCCUGCUUCAGCUGAUGAUAAUUCCUUGCAAGGACCAAAACAUACUUUUCCUGGUUCAAGCAUACUUAGACCAACAUCCCAGACUGUUGUUGCCUUUGAUAAGGUAGCUGUAAUUGAGCUGUUUUCUCCAUCUAUAUUCAGAGCUGUAGUCUCAUUACAUCCAGCGGGCUCUAUUGACCCAGAUGCAGUGGCUUUCUUUUCUCCAGAUGAGGGUGGGAGCUACGUACAUGCCAGGGGUUCUUCAGUAUACCAUGUAUUUAGACACAUUACGGGGCAUGCUGCUUUAGCUCUGCAGUAUUUCAUUGGCUUCAGGAGUGAAGCAGCUCUAUAUUCUCUUUUGCACUGGAUCUGCAAUUAUCAAACUUUAUUUAGCAAAGCCUGCAGCGAAUGUGGACGGUUACUUGCAAUGGAUAGACAAUCAGCAUUGCUAUUACCUCCAGUCUCUCGUCCUUUCCGAAAUUUUUCUACUUCAAAAACCUCAUCAACAGGAGAACAAAACAACAUGAAUGCCCACCCAGCUUAUCACAUCGGCUGUUUUGCAGAUGAAGCCUAGUCAUAUUUCAUUGCUCUUGAUAAGCCAACAAGUUGUAGUAGCUGGAUAGAGGAAAAGAAAGGUUAAACCAACAACGAUUCCAGAAGAAUGUCUAACAUCUCCAUUUAGAUUUAUCUUUUGUCAACAGAGGAGAAAGAGAAUGCUUUCCUAAUUUUCCAACUUUUGUCAACAGAGGUGAAAGAGAAUGUGUUCUUCCAACUCUCCGUUCCUUGUUUUCAAAUUUCUCUUUACAAGAUUUUGACAUUUGUGGGGAAGAGGGUCUGUUUGUAGAUUUAUCUUUCUGUAUAAGUUUGUACAUAUGCCUGAGGGAACUGGUGGCUGGCUUUGCACUCAUUUUUUUCCAUUAUUUUGACUGUGUAACAUGAUCUGCAACAGAGGGGAGCUCCAUUGCUGUAUUGAAAAUUCAGAGGAGCAAUUAUAUCCAUUUCCCUCUACUUGGCAGGUUUUUUUUUUUUUUUUCUUUUGGGGACAAAUUUCAAGUAUUCUCAUAAAUGUUGCUUGGUAUAUGAGGGAUAUUUGGUCAGAUUUACUUGAACUGGUGCAAAGCUUACACCAAUUCCUAAUUAAUCAUUGGUGUGCCA